AUGGUGCUGUUUCAGAUAAUGUUUUUCUGCGGAGAGCGUAUCACUCUUGUUGGAACAGCUGCGGUGCUCAAUGGCAGAGUCUAUAUUGACGGCGGCGAAUUCUCAUAUUCGAGCAGCAGUGGGGCGACAUAUCAAUACUCGUCGACUUUAUUAUCGAUCGAUCUGUCGGCCAAUUUCGAACCAGAUACCGUGGCCUACACGUCAAUAGAAAAGCCAUCUGGCGUGCCGGAUCUGAACAGGGCGGGCAUAUGGGUCGAUCAAGCGUCGGGGUUGCUUUACACGGGGUUUGCGGGUCUUUCAUCGGAUUUUGGCGAUCAGCCAACAGUAUCGCAAGGCUUGUGGUCAUUCAAGCCUAGCGAUGAUGGAGCAACGGGGACGUGGACGAACCUCAAUGAUACCACGGACGAAUACUUCACAGCGCAGCCCAGGCAUUUCGCGGGACCUGUGGCCAGUGGGAACGGGGCUGGAUACUUCCUGGGUGGCCAAAUCUUGGAUAACAGGACCGAGGUGCCCGUCAGUGGUCUCCUCAAAUACGAUUUUGCCACAAAGGUCGCAACCAACGCGACGGUCUCGGGUAUUUCCACAUCUGGAUACGUGCAGCGCGGCCAGAUGCAAUAUGUGCCCAACUUCGGGCCCGCGGGCGUCAUCAUCGCCGCCGGAGGCCACCAGCUCCAGAAAGGGUCAACGGAGAAGUACCUGCUGUCCUUCAACUCAGUCCAGGUCUUCGACCCCGCGACCGACACGUGGUACGAGCAGACCACGACGGGGAACAUCCCCGCGGGCCGCAAGGAGUACUGCAUGGCGGGCGCCGCGUCGUCCAACAACACGUACGAGAUCCUCGUGUACGCGGGCUGGGACGGGAACCUGGGCUCGACCUCGAUCCCGUGGGACGAGGCGUACGUGCUGUCGCUGCCGUCCUUCCACUGGUUCAAGGCCGACUACCAGGCCCUCCGCCCGCGCCACGGCCUCACGUGCGAGCACGUCGGGGGCGGCCAGGUCCUGGCGAUCGGGGGCGUCGACACGACUCAGAAUGGCCCGACGAGCCUCUACGACGACGUGUUCAACACGCGGGACACGCACGACCAGGGGCUGGCGAUAUUUGAUAUGAGCAGCUUGUCGUUCACGACGGGUUACCUGAGCAACCAGACGGUGUACAACCUGGCAACAGACGUGCAGAACUAUUACAAUGACCACGACCGCAUGGCCGACUUUGCCUACUCGGGCCUGAAGGAUCUCUUUUCCGUUCAGAACUUUACCGCCGCAGCGACCGACGACACCGGAUCGGGCGACAGCUCGUCAGGCACAGGAGAAUCCGGGAGCGGGUCCGGUGCGUCCUCGGGCACAUCGACUUCCAGCUCCGGCUCAGAAUCCACAGGUUCGAGCAGCACAGGCGCCAUAGCCGGCGGGGUCGUGGGCGGCGUCGCGGGCGUAGCUCUUAUCGGUGCGGCGGUGUUUUUCCUCCUGAGACGACGAAAGGCGAAACGAGCGGCACUGCAGCAGAACAUCGAAGCCCAAGGCGCGGGAGAGAAAACGUAUUAUGGCACUGGUGGUUAUGAUAAUCGAUAUGGCGCGGCGCCGCACGCUGAGAUGCCGGGGCAAGCGCCGCCGAGGUCGGAAGUCGUCGGGUCGACGCCGCAGGCGGAACUGCCUGUCCCCCAAAGGUAUGAGUUGUCUUGA